AUGGAGGAGGCGGACCAUGGUCGGCGACGCCAACGGGUAGACAGUAGCAGCCCGGCUGAUUCUACGCCGUCAAAGCGUCCUAGAACCACUCUGGCCUGCCAGCGCUGCAAGUCGCGCAAGCAAAAGUGCGAUGGGCUUCAGCCAUCAUGCUCGCAGUGUCUCAGAGUCUCGGCUCGAUGCCAGUAUGUCGCUUCGACUGUGCCGAAGCCGUCGGAGCAGAGAGCGUACGUCAAGGCACUAGAGAGCAAAAUUGCGGAUCUUGAAGCCCGCCUCAAGCACGCUGAACGAUCCAGCGUGGAGAGUGAGCCGCAGGAAACUUAUCGCUUGGCCGAUCUGCCUCCUGAAAGCUCCCUAUCCCGGACUAUCCGUGACCUCAGUUUGAAUGCCAGCGGACAAGGUUACCUCGGCGGAACGUCGAAUAUCACACUUGCUCGUGCCCUCGAACCCAUCUUACAUUCCGAUAGGGCAGAUAGGGCCUCUCAAGACAUCCCGAUCACUGAGGGACCUGAGAUACUUUCUGCAAGGGAGGGUGAGAACUCGGUAGGCAUCCCCGCCUUUUCUGAGCCUGUCGUGCAGAGGCUAUUCCAGGCGUACGUGGAAUAUGUGUCAUUGCCAUUUCCUGUAAUACAUUCAAGGAAGCUUCAGAAGAUGCACGAACGACGGGACAAACCGAACGGUCUCUUCGACAUCUCAGUGCUUCACUUGGUUUAUGCAAUUGGUGGCAUCAGCCUGACAUUGGCUGGAAAACAGGGGGAGUUUAGGUCGGAAGAUCACUAUGAAGCUGCCAUGACCCACAGGGCCCAGAUCAUAAGAUGCAUGGACCGGAGAGCCAUCAUCUACCUCGCAUUAUCUUCUAUCUAUUGCCUUCGCGCCCCCCGAAACCCUGGCCCAUGGACCAUGAUUGGGUUGGCUGUGAAACUCUGCGUAUCACUUGGACUGCACCGUAAAUCAAGCGCAUCAAAAUUCAGCCUGGGAUCGGAACUCGACAAAAGGCUGUUCUGGGUAUGCUAUUGUUUGGAUCGGGACAUCAAUCUCACAAUCGGAAGGCCUCCGUCGAUAUGCGACCACGACAUUGACUGCACUCUACCACUCGAUCUUGAUGAAGACAGCAUCGACCCGGAGCACUUUGUAGCUGCCAUGAAACGAGCACCCGGGUUGUUAGCAGAUCCCCCAACCACUCUUAGCUACUUCAUCCACCUUGUGAAGCUGAAAAGGAUCGCAUCUGAUAUCCAGCACACCGUCUACAGGGUAGACAAGCCUAUGGAUUUCUCCGAGUCGGUCACAGACAGACUUCUUGAUCAGUUGAAUGAGUGGAAAUCACAAGUACCGGCUGAACGUCCUCGUCAGACAUGUCAGACCGCUGCGUCCGGUGAUGAGCAUUUCGACACUCCAGCCCGCAACCAGCUGCAGGGCUCUUAUAUGAUCCAGUACUAUUCGUCCAUACGGCUCUUGUUAUUCCCUAUGCUGAUGGAUCCGGACAAGGCGGCCGUCAAUCCAAAGUACUUGAAGAUAAUGGUCCACGCGUGCUCAGGCGUCUGCAGAUCUUUCAAACAACUCCAUCAGCGCUCUACGGGCAUGUACUAUUCUCCUCUAUUCAUCAUGUCCUUGUUUCUUUCUGGCCUUACACUGAUAUACUGCGCUUGGCGAUCUCCUGAGAGGACACUCACCAUGACCACGGCGAACGCGCUGAUAGAUUGCACCGUCAUGUUGUAUGUCAUGGCCGAGAGAUGGCCAACCGCCCGUAAGUACCGUGAUGCUUUCGAACGGCUGAAGCAACUGGCUCUCGAGCGGGACCCGCACGCAGACGCAAACGGAGACGACGACCGUGACAACAGCCCGAACACCAACUCAGGCUCAGCUGCGGUGAUCGACCUUGCUGCCACCAACGCAGAGCGCGCUACAUCUGCACCGGCACUGGCAGCAGCACAUGGGAAUAUCGUCGACCAAGACUCUCAAGUGAGUAGUAGUACUUGGGCGAACAACAGCAACAAUGUGAUACUCCCUUCCUUUCCCCACAUCAUUCGCGACAUUGUCCGGGAGCCGUCGUCAGUGUGGGAAGAAGGUACCUUUGACCUCAACUUCGACGCUGAAACGGCUACUGUCGGAAAUGAUAUACGCUGGCCGGUGGUGGGCCCUGGCUCGUACGAUGUCGACGGAUCGACUAAUCUCGACCUGUCUUUCUCACCCGGUGGCUUCUGGUAUCCUAGUGAUUACGAUUUUGACCCUGUUACUUUCGAUGUCUGGCCAUCAGAGGCCGACAUGGCCGAGUACGGCGUUGUAUUGGAGGGCGGAAUGGCUGGGAACCGCUCCGGGACGAGUACGAUGCGAUGA